CCUAUACUUUAAUACAUCUUGUUAUUUACUGAUAUGGAACAAAUGUUUAUCUGCGGCAUGUGUUUAUGUAAUAGUGGAGACAUGUCUUCGACUCAAACUGGUGCAUCCAAGGGCAAAACCCCCUCAAGUGUAGCUAGUAAAGCAACGUGGGACAAAGAUACGAGGGAGUGCUUCAUCCUCAUAUGUGUGGAAGAGUUGGGUGGUGCGAACUACAAAUCAGGAACCCAACUUACAAAGGUUGGGUGGACCAACGUUGUCACAAAAUUUAAUGAGCGAAUGGGUAAGGAUUGGAAAAGGGAACAACUAAAGAAUCAGUGGGGUGUGUUGAAAAAAGAGUGGCAGCUGUGGCAGAACUUGGUGUUAGGUGAAAGUGGAUUGGGUAGGGAUCCUGACACUGGUGCAAUAACUGCAUCAGAGGAGUGGUGGGAGUUGAAGCUAAUGCGACAUCCUGAUUGCCAUAAGUUUAGGCUCAAGCCCUUGGCAUUGGAGGAAGAAAUGCGUAUUCUUUUUGGAAGCAACACGGCUACUGGGGAGGGAUCCUAUGCUCCAAAUUCAGGAGUUAUGCCAAGAACCCGAGAGCGACCACCGGUGGUUGAUGUGGACAACAUUGACGAGUUGUUGGAUGAUGAUGCAACUCAAGAGUUGGUGCACCCUACAAAAGUGCAGAAACAGGUGGCUGUUGAUGGCUCUGGUACGAAGAAAGGCAAAGGAAAAAAGGGUACGGUCACGUCAAGGCUUGAAGCCUGUAUGCAACAAAUAUGUGAUUCAACCGACAGUGCUAGUUCUCCAUCUGUCCAGCGUGCUGUUGUUGAGAUUCCUUCCAUAAAAGAAUGCGCAAACAAGUUGUCAGAGCUUCGUGAGUUCAACGAGGAUGCUGAGUUAUGGGCACAAGCCUUUAACCUUUUCAAGGAUAGUAAAAUCCGAGCCAUGUUCAUGUCGUGCCCCGAUGAUCUUAGGAUGUACCACUUCAUCACCCAAGAAUUAAACAGGGCACGAACAGCUGAGCUUGCCAAAACUUGGUUUGCACCUGCCCCGUGAUGG